AUGUCCAACAAGCCCAGUAACGUUCCCCAGGGCCAGACUCGCUUGCCGGUAAUUAACCGCAAUGCUGAUACUCAGUACACCAUCGGUCGUCCACUUGUGGUCGUACCAUUUACUCCAGAAGAACGUGCCCGCAUCACUCUGAAUUUGGAGAAACUGUUGGGUCCUGAAUACACUAGCGAGCGCCCUGGAGGUGGCAAAAAGGUAACUUACAUUGAAGGUUGGAAUGUACUCAAUAUCGCUAAUGAAGUUUUUGGUUUUGAUGGAUGGCUGUCUGAGAUUCUUUCUAAAGAGGUUGACUUUCUCGAGGUUGACAAAGGGAAAAUAAAUAUGGGGAUGCUGUUACUUGUUCGAAUAACUUUACGGAAUGGUACAUUCCAUGAGGACUUUGGGUAUGGAUUCAUUGAAAAUGCUCGUUCUAAAGCGGCAGCCUUUGAGAAGGUCCGUAAAGAAGCAUACACCGACGGGUUGAAACGAUGCUUGCGCUGCUUUGGGAACCUCUUAGGGAACUGCUUGUAUGACAAAAAUUAUUCUGUGAAGGCGCAAAAGGCUGGAUUGGAUGAUGAAAGGUACUACCGGGAUAAGCAUUAUGUGAGACAACAGAAGGCUAAAUUAGUAAGUCUGAGUUCGAAGAUAUACUCCAACAAUUCUGAAACCAAAGCAGCAGUACCUGACUUGAAGUCGAAUCCUAACCAUACAGUCAAAUCAAAUGAAGUAACUGGACCUAGCAAUAAUACCAGAGAGUUGGCUUCUGCUGUACCACCUCCGACGAAUACUAAAAACCCGUUACCCCUGGAGGAUGACUCGUUUUGUUUUUCUGACGAUGACGAUUUCCGUGAUGACAUAAUUCCAAAAGAAUCAAAUAAACUUGAUAUCACCAAACCUGAGUUGUUGGGGACGAACGCCCCUGUCAAAUUCGUUUCAGCGAAGGUACUGGAAGACCUUAAAGCUGGUAUCGAAAAAGCGAACGAAGUUCCCGAAUACGAUUUAAAAUUCGUCUCCCAAUCGAUCAAGCAUACGGUGAACCCACAUAAACUGGAGCCCAUUAAAAAAGCUAAGCCUGCAGUUACAAAAUCAUCCCGUGGUGUAAUGUCGCCAAAGUCAAAAGCAGGUUCACCAUUAAUCUCAUCGGCAAAUCCGUUAACAGCUACAGACCCGAACACAUAUCAUGGUAGAGGCGUUGGACUUCCACCAACGAAACGCCCCCGCAAUGAGUAG